UUUUUCUUCGAUCUCUUAUCUUUUCUUGUGUUCUGGAGUUGGUAUUUGCUUCUGAGAAUUAUUCUUCAUGUGUGGAAUUGAUGAUGAUCACUAGAUUUCCUCAUGCAUUAAUUGCUCUAAUUCAUUCAAUUGCUCAACUUCUGUUUCAACCUAGUUUUUUCUUUCUGAUAGAUAUACUGUUCACAUCUAUCAGAUGGGAUAGUUUUUUUAAUGAGAUAAUCGUUUCUCUUGAGGACGAACAUCUAUGGAUCGGAGGUUCAAAUCAUGUUCUACUAUAACUCCUACUACAUCCCUAUCCCUUAGUCUAUUGGAUGUGCAAAAUCACAACUUUAGUACCCUGGUAGACAGGCUUACAAGUUUACCUGACGAACUGUUAAUUCGAAUCCUUUCCUUGCUUCCUACCAAGGAUGCCGCUGCUACAUCCAUAUUGUCUAGGAAAUUGAGGCGUGUUUUCCCUUAUAUUACAUCCCUUGACUUUGACGUCUCGCCUAUAAAUCUUUGUUCGGAAAAUCCCUAUGCAGUUCAACGUUACCCCACUUUUGUCAAGUUUGUUGACACUAUCCUCCAAGCAUACAAGUCUAAGUAUCUCACCAGAUUUAGACUUCAAGUUGGCAGCGGCGACUUUGUGGAUGUCUAUUUCUGUGGCUGUUGUUCUAAUCACUUUAAGCAAGGCUGUCUCCCUGACUUGAAAGUUGCUCGUGUUGAUGCGUGGAUGUCCUUCCCGUUCACGUUUUGUGGACUUCGGGAGCUCGACCUCUGUAUUCUCUUGAGGAACCCAGGGGAUGCUCAGCUGCCCCCAGCUAUAUUCACUUGUAAAACGUUACAAGUGUUGAAGCUUCAGGUCAAUAUUGGUCUUGAUCAAGUUAUCACCAUGCCAUCUUAUUGCCUCCCAAUCUUGAAACUGCUCUCCUUGUCCAUGUCUUUUAUUUCUGACGAUGGCUUCCUGCCAAGGCUAGUAUCAAGUUGCCCUGUCCUAGAAGACCUCACAUUUGAAGUUUUUACAAGCCAUGUCCAUCACACAACUGUCUUCUCGACUUCCCUUAGGAGAUUGUGUUUACGAAUGAAUAAACUUGAUACUGUGAGCUUCGAUAACACUGACAUAGUGCUUAUCGAUACUCCUAAUUUGGAGUACCUUGAGUACUCGGAUAAUGUAGCACACAAGUACUCAAUCCCAAUAAUGCAUCGUCUUGUUGAAGCAGAACUAGAGAUUCUAUAUAUCUUACGAUUUGAAAUUGAGGUUUCUUUUCAGAAUAUACUUAGCCUCAUCAGAGCCUGUUCUCAUGCUCAACAUAUAUCCUUGUUAGGCUUCAUGUUGCGGGAGUUUGAAUAUGCUGGUGAGAAGGUCUUAAACGAUCAACUGCGAACGUUUCCGAAUUUAAAACGUCUUGAGCUGCGAUGUGGUCUUCUAGAUUUUUUUUGGGAUAAAUUGAUCCUACCCUUUCUCAACUGUUCACCUGCUUUAGAAACACUUGUUUUUACAGAGGGACUCUCUUUGUAUUAUGAAGAUGGAGAUGGGUGCUUUGAUAAAAAGCAACUGAAGUUGGAACGAGAUUUUUUUAGAACAGAUCAUGCUAUUCCUUCAUGUUGCAGGUAUUGUCUGAAAAAAAUAGUGAUACAGGAUUAUCAUGGGCUAGAACGGGAAGUGGAAAUGAUCCAAUUUCUCCUAAGGCAUGCAUUAGUUUUGGAGGAACUGGUCGUAUGCCUAUCUCAAACCUCUCUGCAUUUAAUGCCAGAUCUGAUAUCAGUUGAGAACACAUUGAACAAUUUACCAAAAGCCUCAGUUACCUGUACAAUACAAGUGUCAUGAUCACCAAUUUAUUCGCACAUUGCAAAAAAUAACACUAGUUCUCUCAAUGCAUCUGGAAAGCUUAUAACUUGGGCAUAGUGGUUCAGCCGAGUUCAGUCUCGUUUGCGGAUUGGUUCUCCAACUGGUUCUUAUAUUUGAGCUCGACGAACUUCAAGGAGUUUCAAUUUUACAGAUGCAGUGGAGGCGGUUAAUAUUUUGCUUGAUCCCAAUAGAGUUCCCAUGGAACUCUCCUCUUAUGGUUGAUGAUAUUAUCCAUGUUGCUCUUUUGUAGGAUAGUUAAAGUUUAUAAGGAUUGUGUUAUUGGGGCCCAUGUACUAGCUACUGAAGCUAGGAAAGGGUUGUACUCCCUCCGUCCCUUUGCCCCAUUUACCUCAAAAAGCUCUCACAAAAAGUGAGGCCAUGAAUAGGGGACAGAGGGAGUAGUUGUGCUUUGUUUUUGUAAUGCCAACAAAAAAAACACUAGUUGUAAUUUAUUCCCAAGUUGUUUUCUUGUACUUUAUUGUAUUUAUAGUACUUUCGUAUUUAUAGUUUUAGAACAAUUAUUGUGAAAUAACUUUUUCACCUAUCUAGUCCUGAGUUUUGGUGGGCUGAUAAACCCGAACAUCA